UACCGACAGUCCAGUUACAGUGCUCUGCGUAAGCACGCAUCUCACGCGGCCCAAAGUGUCAAACGACUCGACAAACCGGUGGCCCCGACAAGCUUCGACGAGCUUGUUCUCGAAAUAUCGAGCAACGAGUAGUACAGCAGAGAGAAGUAGUAUCGUUUAGUUUCUACUCGCGUACAGUUUCUCUAUAGAUUUCCCUUUUGAUUCGCUGCAAGAUGAAACGCCUGGCGCACUGUUCCGUGUACAUGGCCAUUCUGUUGGCCGUGGCUUCGGCGAGGUCGGCCGAGACCAAUCCCACGAGUAACUCCAUCAACGAGGAGACUGCCAGGUCCACAGGGAACAGCAACGUGUUUGGAGACCUUCGACAGAUGUAUCAGAUUUACAAGGAGUGCGCGGACGAGGAUCUUAGUUCUUGCUUGAAAGUAAGACUACUGUCUGCGAUAGACAGGGUAUCCAGGAGCGCUCAGUUGAACAUCGCCGAUGGAGUUACCUUCGUCCAAGACGACCCGAUCUCGAGCGCGGACGAACCUCCAAAGUCCCUUCAAGAGAUCGAGGCUGGUUUACCUAGAGCUCUGGACGACAAGGAGGACGCGCUCAACACCAUGAUCUUUGACCGAGUGAUGAAAUUCUUCCAAAGCCACACGUUGAAACUGAAGCUGUCCAACGUGGAGGAACUUCAACGAAGUUUGGUAGAGGAAGGUCGCAAGAAGAAAAAGAACAUGGGAGGUUUGCUCGCUAUUCCCCUGUUGAUCGGUGGAACCCUGGUACCACUGGCCUUGGGAGCGUUGGCUCUUCUAGCUGGCAAGGCCCUGAUCGUCAGCAAACUCGCUCUGGUGUUGGCCUCUAUUAUCGGCUUGAAGAAGUUGGUCUCGGGCGGUGGGGACCACGGACACGAAGUCGUUCAAGUGGCCGGGGGCCACGGAUCCAGCGGAUGGGCGAGAUCCAGUCACGAUCUCGCCUAUUCCGCCUACAAGCCGUCGUCUACUCUCCGGAGUAUACGAUCGCCGAAGAUGUUUAAGUUCGUGUUAAUCGCCGCAGUUCUCGCCUCUAGCUCGGUGCUAGCCGCCCCCGCAGGUCAAGACGUUAGCCAACCGUCGUCCAUCUUGGAGGAAGCCUUGGACGUGUACGCGACAUGCACCGGCCAAGAGGAGAUAUCCACGUGCCUGAAGCUGCAGGCGCUGCGUCUCGUCGACAGGGUGGCCAGAUCCGCGAACAUCGAUAUCGCGGAUGGUUUCAAGAUCGUGCAAACCGAAGAAGCUAAGAACAGUCGUGCGGACAACGCUAGAUCCUUGAACGACAUCGAAAGUACCCUGCCAGCCGAAGCGGAAGCCAAGGAAGCUGUCAUUGAUCAAGCCAUCUUCGACAGAACUGCCAAGUUCCUCUCCACUCACACGGUCGAACUGAGUCUUCCCGAUGAGGUCUCUCGCUCCUUCGACGAAGCUCGAGGAAAGAAAAAGAAGAUCGUGAAAUCUCUGCUGCCGAUCCUGUUGCUCUUGAAACUGAAAGCCGCGGCACUGAUCCCUAUCGCUCUCGGUGGUUUGGCUCUCCUAGCGUUCAAGGCUCUCGCAAUCGGCAAAAUCGCCCUCAUCAUCAGCGCGAUCGUCGGUCUUCAGAAGCUUCUCGCCAACAAACAUCAAAGCUACGAGGUAGUGGCUCAUCCAGUGCACUCGUACGGCCACGAAGAACACCACGAUCACCACGGAUGGGCGAGAUCAGGAGGGUCUGACCUCGCGUACAACGCGUACAAACCUUCCGAGUAGUUGGCUCGUCGCCAUAGUCUCUUCGUUUCAACUCACUACCUUCGUUCGCCAAAGUGAUCGUUCAGCCGCUGGCGAUCACCCGAGGGCUGCGCGACUCGACCCCUCGAACACUUCGGAAACUCGUGUGCGAUCGACCUGACCGAACGUUCCGCCCGACCGAAUCACCAUCAACCGAAUCACCAUCGACCGAAGCAAACGUUUCGUCGAGAGAGACCAUCGUAUCAUUGUACGUGACCAGUGACCGAAACGUGACGAACUGUGACGAUUGACGAUCGACCAGACUGUCAGAGACACGUUGUUAGUAUAUCUCUGGUGUCCGAACGAUUCACCGCAGGAUUACGAUUGCGAGCGGUGAUUGCAAGCAGCAAGUUGAAGCAGACAGAACAAGUUUACCAGGAACAGUGAACGGUGAUGGUCGAGUCAUCCUCGACGCAGCUCGUUGUGCUAUUUAUUCAGGGGGCUUCGAAGCAACCUCGAUCGCAGAACCCGGGUCGAACGCGCUCGGACUCGUCAGUACCUGUACAGGGCUACCAGAUUUCAUCCAAUGAUUAUUUAUAUUAUCCCCCUUCCCGGGGUUGCCAUGUAAUUUAUCAAACUAUUUAUAAAUAAAUAUAAUUUUAUACGAAAA